AUGGUUGAGGAAGAAUUCAAGUGGUUGAUGACAACAUACAGCAAACCUAUUGAGGGUGAUCUUAUAUUGGGUUCGCCUCCAAAGCUUCAAUGGGCGUCAGAUGGCAAUGCUGAAGCAGAUGGACGAAAUUCUGCCCAUUCCGAGCAUCCAUCCAAAGACUUGGAAACUGCCAUUUGCAGGACUCCAGCACUGAUCCCCUCUAGAAUAUUACCCCUUCUUCAUACUAUAGCUCAGAAAUUGGUCCAGGAUGGAAACCAGCAGUCAUGCUACAAAAUUUACAGAGAUGCUCGUCGUUCGGCAUUAGAACUGAGUCUUCGGAAACUGGGAGUAGAAAAGCUUAUUAAAGAUGAUGUAGAAAGAAUGCAAUCGGAUGCUUUAGAAGCUAAAAUUGGAAAGUGGACCAAGUAUUUGCAAAUUACAGUGAAACUCCUUGCUGGAGAACGAAAAAUUUGUUAUGAGGUUUUUGAAGGUAUCAGUUUCAACAAGGAUCAGUGUUUCACUGAACUGGCAGGAACUGGAGUUGCUGUUGCUAAAACUCUUCUCAGCUUUGGAGAUGCUGUUGCUAAAAGUAAAAGGUCUCCUGAAAAGUUGUUUGUACUGCUGGAUAUGUAUGAAGUAAUGCAUGAAGUUAGAUCCGAGGUUGAAGUAAUUUUUCAAGACAGUUUUUGCUCGGAGAUGCGUGAGGCUGCAUUGGGCUUGAUGAAGCUCUUGGCACAGACUGCCCACGAAAUGUUUGUUAAUUUUGAGGAAUUAGUUGAGAAGGAUACUUCAAAGACUAACGUCCAUGACGGAACUGUCCAUCCUUUGACUAUCCGUGUGAUCAAUCAUGUUAAAUUCCUUUUUGAUUAUCAGUCAACACUGAAUCUACUAUUUCAAGAAUUUGAAACUGGAAGUGAUACUGAAUCCCAACUUGCAGUUGUUUUGACAAAGAUAAUGCAAGCCCUUCAGAACAACUUAGAUGGGAAAUCUAACCAGUACAAGGAUCCUGCGCUGAUGAGCAUAUUUCUUGCGAACAACAUUCACUACAUGGUUAGUUCUGUUCGCAGAUCAGAAGCCAAGCAUAUACUUGGUGAUGACUGGAUUCAGAUACAUCGUAGGAUUGUACAGCAACAUGCCAAACAAUACAAAAUGGUUGCAUGGGGAAAGGCUGUUCAGACGCUCUCCAUUCAAGUUGCCAGCAGCAGUGGUACAUCAGCAUCGUCUGAUCUUAGCAGCAGUGGAGUUUCAAGAGCUAUGAUCAAAGAAAGGUUUAAGUCUUUCAAUAUGCAAUUUGAAGAGCUUCGUGCAAAGCAAUCUCUAUGGACCAUACCUGAUCAAGAACUGAGAGAAACUCUGAGGCUUUCUAUAGCUGAAGUUCUCUUGCCAGCCUAUAUGUCCUUCGUUAAACGUUUUGGGAAUCUUGUUGAAAAUGAAAAGAAGCCUCGUAAAUACUUGAAAUACCAGCCAGAUGAGUUGGACCAGUUGCUGGGUGAGUUCUUUGAAGGACAACAAUCUGUUGAACAGAAGAAGUAA